AUGGGUGAUCUUGCUAUGUCCGUAGCAGACAUCAGAAUGGAGAAUGAGCCUGAUGACUUGGCUAGUGAUAAUGUUGCGGAGAUUGAUGUGAGUGAUGAAGAGAUUGAUGCGGAAGACCUCGAGAGACGGAUGUGGAAGGAUCGUGUUAGGCUUAAGAGGAUCAAAGAACGACAAAAAGUCGGUUCUCAGGGAGCUCAAACGAAGGAGGCGCCUAAGAAAAUCUCUGAUCAAGCGCAGAGGAAGAAAAUGUCUAGAGCUCAAGAUGGUAUACUUAAGUACAUGUUGAAGUUAAUGGAAGUCUGCAAAGUCCGCGGGUUUGUUUACGGUAUAAUACCGGAAAAGGGGAAGCCAGUGAGCGGUUCCUCUGACAAUAUACGAGCUUGGUGGAAAGAGAAAGUGAAGUUUGAUAAGAACGGACCAGCUGCGAUUGCUAAAUACGAAGAAGAGUGCUUAGCUUUUGGGAAAUCAGAUGGGAAUAGAAAUUCUCAGUUUGUUCUCCAAGACCUGCAAGAUGCAACUUUAGGGUCUUUGUUAUCUUCUUUGAUGCAACAUUGUGAUCCUCCUCAGAGGAAGUAUCCGUUGGAGAAAGGGACUCCUCCGCCUUGGUGGCCAACGGGGAAUGAAGAAUGGUGGGUGAAACUCGGUCUUCCCCAAAGCCAGAGUCCUCCGUAUAGGAAACCGCACGAUCUCAAGAAGAUGUGGAAAGUUGGAGUUUUAACGGCUGUGAUCAAUCAUAUGUCGCCUGAUAUCGCAAAGAUUAAGAGGCAUGUUCGCCAGUCGAAAUGUUUACAGGACAAGAUGACGGCUAAAGAAAGUGCGAUUUGGUUGGCGGUUUUGAACCAAGAGGAAUCCUUGAUUCAGCAGCCUAGCAGUGACAAUGGAACAUCUAAUGUAACAGAGACAAAUCGAAGGGGUAAUAACGCAGACAGGAGAAAACCUGUGAUCAACAGUGACAGUGACUAUGAUGUUGAUGGAACCGAAGAUGUUUCAGGUUCAGUGUCAUCUAAAGAUAGUAGAAGAAAUCAAAUUCAAAAAGAACAACCGGCAGCCAUCUCAGAAUCCGUAAGAGAUCAAGAUAAAGCAGAGAAACACCGCAGACGGAAAAGACCCAGAGUCAGAUCCGGAACUGUCAAUCAACAAGAGGUAGAACAACCAGAAGCUGAACAAAGAAAUAUUCUACCUGAUAUGAAUCAUGUUGAUGCCCCUCUGCUAGACUAUAGCAUCAAUGGUACUCAUCACGAGGGCGGUGUUGUAGAACCGAACAUUGCCUUAGGACCAGAGGAGAAUGGUCUGGACUUAGUGGUUCCUGAUUUCAAUAACCACUACACUUAUCUUCCACCUGUCAAUGGGCAAAAUAUGAUGCCCGUAGACGAAAGGCCAAUGCUUUACCGACCAAACCCUAACCAAGAGUUGCAAUUUGGGUCAGGUUAUAACUUUUAUAAUCCUUCUGCAGUGUUUGUGCAUAAUCAGGAAGAAGACAUUAUCCAUACACAGAUAGAAAUGAAUGCACAAGCACCGCCUCACAACAACGAGUUCGAGGCCCCAGGAGGAGGAGUACUUCAACAACCACAUGGUUUACAUGGAAAUGAAGAAGACGUCACGGGAAGAGAUUUGCCUCCUCAGUAUCAGAGUGAACAAGAAAAGCUCUUGGACAGUAACAUUCUGUCUCCUUUUAACGACUUGGCGUUUGAUAGCACCUUUUACUCUGGGUUUGAUUCCUUUGGUGCAUUUGAUGAUGAUUACUCAUGGUUUGGAGCUUAG